AUGGAGAUAGCGGCGAGCUCGACGCAGGGGGGACUGGGGUUGGGAGGGGCGCUGACGAUCGACGGGGGCGAAGCGCCAGAGAGGAGGAUGGAACGGCUUUUGAGGGAGAGCCCGGUGGUGGUGUUCAGCCGGCCAGGGUGCUGCAUGGCCCACGUCAUGCGGCGGCUGCUGGAGGCGGUGGGGGCACACCCCACGGUGAUCGUGCUGGAGGAGGGGGAGACCGCGCCGGGGCCGGCGGCGGCGGAGGCCAUGCCCGCGCUAUUCAUUGGCGGGGUGGCCGUCGGCGGCCUCGAGGGGCUCAUGGCGCUCCACCUCGGCGGCAGCCUCGUGCCGCUUCUCCGAGAGGCCGGCGCGUGA